UACGCACGCAUGCACAGACUAAUUCCUGUUGCGGUCACAUUGUGAGGGUUCAUUACAAUAUUCGGUUUGAAUAGAAAACCGAUCCCUGUCUUCUUCCGUGGAUCACCACAGGGUGCUCGCUCCAUUGGCCAGCUCUCGCCGAUACGGAGGCUCUACGCAGUUGUCUGAUGUACUUAAAUAGCAGCCGAAUCUCCCUAGAAUUACAUCGUAUUGUCUUAAAAAAAGGAAGGACUUUGUGGAUAAUAUAGUCCUACUAGCUAUACUCUGUCUGAUUGAAUUGAAUAAGAAACAGGAUGGAUGGUCACGAUUGGAACAUGUUGAUUAUUCGUCUGAUCAGUGCCGGCCCGGGACUUAACAACAAUAUAUAAUAUUCGAUUUUCAUGAAAUAGCAGCUAGAUCCCCCUCAAAGUACACCUUUUUUGUCUUAAAAAAAAGAAAAAGAAAGCGCACUGAAUAAUGUAGUCUUAAAUACAAAAAUACUGAGUCUAAUAAGAAAUAAAGAAAAAAAACGAGAUGGUCACGGCUGGAAUAUCUUGAAAAUAAAUCCGGCUUGAUCAGAGCUGGCCUCGGGCUAAACAGCAGAGUAACAAUAACAAGAAGGACAUAUUGGAUAAUGUGUAGUCGUAGAUGACACACGGUCUGAGUAAACUAAGACGGGACGUUCACGGCUGGAACGUCUUUGAUCAUAGAUAUACUUAACCAGAGCCGACCUGGGGUUAAACAUGUCACAACACCAAUAACCGGCCAGUUUUCUGUCAAGGAACCUCUCUAAUUCGGAUUACAUAAAGAAAAUACUUCAUAUACUGAUGACCAACGACUAAAAGAGAGAAGGUACUUCGACACAAGUUAAUUCAACAACAGAAAAACGGAAAAAGAAACCAAAAACCAAACCCAAAAACAACAACAGCCUAAGAAAGCAUUUAACAGAAACGGAUUCAUGGAGAUGGAAAUAGUCUCAGACGAUGAUGCCUGUGGUGCUAAUAACUCCCAUAAUACGGUACGCCGUAUUAUGUCAGAAGGAAUUUUACAAAACGAUGAUGGCGAUACAGAAAAAUUUGACCCUUACCGAGCCCUUGAAAGGUCCCAGUCUGAUGCAUCUCUAAUUCAGAACUUUGAAAGUGGAAUAUCUUCGUCUGUCGAUACGACAGAUGACGAAACUGUUCGUGUUAGAAAUGUCGGACAUAAGGUGUCCGAGUGCUCUACCGUGUAUUACGACUUGUCGAAAGCCGUAGAGUGUGAAGUCAGCAAGACACAGAAAGGCCGUCCCCGCACCCCACGUGCUCUGGAAACUAUUCCUCAAGAUGAAGAACUGCAAAUUGAAAAACCCGUCAAAAAUUUCUCGCGCUCUAUUAGCAGUGAAAGUUCAUCUAGCAUUUACGAAGACAGUGGAACGACCUUCACACAGAAGCUGUGUAAGGAAGAGAAGAGUUAUAGUUUUUCUUCAUCGUCUUUGUCAUCGACAUCUGUAAAAUUUACCAAAGGUGGUCAGCAGGAGCAGAUCGUUACAAAGAGCAAAACCACACUAAAGUCUACCAUGCAGACAUUCUCGCAGGAACUGAGAAACAAAAUUCACGUUUUACACAUUGGCUCCACACCAGAACAGAUCGCUGCUCUUCGAGAGAUGCUUGCCUUAAUUGAGAACGCUUGGUCGACACCUGUUCACGGUCGAGAUCUUGCUUAUGGCCUCUGUGACAUCAUUCGCCAUGAAGGUGCCCUCGAAAGGAUUGUUAGCAACUGCGGUUCCUCAAACAAAGACUUGUUGCGAGCAUCUGGCCGAGUGUUAGAACAAAUCAUGACAACUGAAAACCGAGAAGCCGUGGCCAAAAUUGGUCUCGAUACGGUGGUGAAAAUGACUUACAAAACCAAAAAUAUGUGUGAUAUGGCUCGUACUUCAACCGGAAUACUUGAAAGUUUAUUCAAAACUUCUGAGAAUACGUGUGGAGAAGUGAUCAAGCUCGGUGGAUUAGAUGUCGUGCUUCAUUGGUGUCGGUACACGGACAGAAUGACUCUACGUCACUGUGCUUUUGCCCUUGCUAAUUUAGCCUUGUAUGGAGGGCCCGAGAAUCAGGAGCUGAUGAUAAAACACAAAGUCGCCGAAUGGCUGUUUCCUUUAGCGUUUAAUGACGACGACAGCAUUCGCUACUAUGCUUGCCUCGCCAUUUCAGCCCUUGUUUCUAACAAAGAGAUCGAAGCUGCUGUAGUCAAGUCCGGUACCAUGGAACUUGUAUUACCUUUCAUUGAAAACCACACUCCUGCUGAAUUUGCCCAAAGUGAUCAGUCUCACCAGCAUGGAUGUGCCCGGGAAUGGCUUACCCGUCUUAUCCCAGUCCUUUCUAGCAAGCGUGAAGAAGCUCAAGCACUUGCUGCUUUUCAUUUUGCGAUGGAGGCAGGAAUCAAAGCAGCACAAGAUCACAAGGAGGUUUUUUAUGAUAUCGGAUGCAUAAAUCCUUUAAAACGUCUUGCAAGUAGCCCAAAUGCCACUGCAUCUAAGUUAGCCAUUGAAGCUUUAAGAAUUAUCGGUGAAGAGAUCCCCCAUAAACUUACCCAGCAAGUCCCAUUGUGGACGGCGGAAGACGUUUCAUAUUGGGUCAACCAGAUAGGGUUUACUGAAUAUGCAGAUCGCUUUGAAGACUGUCGAGUGGACGGUGACCUUCUGUUGGUCAUCUCUGAGUAUGACCUCCAAGACAGCAUUAGGAUGACUCCCAGCAUUACCCGGAAAAGAUUUAUCAGAGAAUUGAAACAGUUGAAAACUACCGCAGAUUAUUCAUCCUGUGACAACACUCGGCUGAAUGACUGGCUACGAGAAAUCUCCGAAGAGUUUUCGCUCUACACCUAUCAGAUGCUGCGCUGUGGCAUUGACAAGACAGUGCUGCCUACAGUGAGUGAAGACGAGCUGGAGAGGGAGUGCUGCAUCACCAACAGUAUUCAUCGACGAAAGAUAAUGGACCAUAUCAAAAUGUUAACAAUGCCAAAUUCACAGUUUACCACCAUAGAUGAGGACCCAAGCGACAUACGCCGGGUACAAAAGAAAAUCGAUGUGUUUAUCAGCUACAGAAGAUCAAAUGGUUCACAGCUUGCAAGUUUACUUAAGGUUCACUUACAACUCCGAGGGUUUUCAGUUUUCCUUGACAUAGAGCGGCUACGAGCGGGUAAAUUCGAUGUAGGUUUGUUAAAGAGUGUACAAAAAGCCAGAAAUUUCAUCCUCGUCCUCACACCUCAAGCCUUAGAUCGUUGUAUUGGUGAUAGCGAGAGGAAAGACUGGGUCCACAGGGAAAUUGCCGCAGCGUUAGAACACAAGUGUAACAUAAUUCCUUUAAUGGACAAUUUUGACUGGCCUCCUUGUGAGAAGCUUCCAGAAGACAUACGCUCUAUCACAUGUUUUAAUGGAGUCAGGUGGAUUCAUGAUUACCAAGAUGCCUGUGUUGACAAAAUCGAACGGUUUUUACGAGGUGACGUGAAUGUGAGAAGGGGACAGCUUCAGUCCUUAAGUAAUCAGGGAUCGUUUGAAGACCCAGUAAUGGCACAGUUCAAGUGGAGCAGCAGCAGCAACGAGAAUGAUUCCCCACCAAAGAAUUCCCCAAGUUAACUAAAAGACCUUUUAACUAACCCUUUUUUUGUAAAUAAAUAAAUAUGUAGGUAUAUGUAUGCUUGUGUGAACAUAUAUUGUCUAUAUAUAUAU